AUGAGAACAACGCUGACACUGGACGACGAUGUUGCCGACUCCCUGAAAGAGCGCGUACGCCUCUUGGACGUUUCUUUCAAACAGGUAGUCAACGAUACACUACGCCGUGGUCUAUCGCCGGCAGGGAACGACACUACGAGCCCCAAGUACAGGGUUCUACCAAAUCACAGUGGCCUUGUUCCCAGCGUCGACCCCUUGAAGCUCAAUCAGCUCAACGAUCAGAUCGAAGCCGAGACCUUUGCUGGGCAGGACACGAGGGAGUUCUACCCCAAGCCGUUCCUGUCCAUUUCCGACAAUCGCUCGAUGCUGCAGGACACUGUCCUCCGACUGGACGGAGUCGACAAGGUCGCGGACCCGAUAGUCGUGUGCAACGAGGAACACAGGCGGACCCAUUAUCUCCGACGUGCCCAGUUCCAGCGCGCGGUUGCGGUCGCGGCGGAACUUGCUGGACAUGACUACAUUGUGACCUUCGGAAUCACCCCGAGCUUCCCAAGCGUAGGGUACGGCUACAUUCGCAGGGGAGACGAGUUCUUUAACGGUUUCAGGUCCGAGUCGGCCGUCGCCUACGAGCUUGGCGAGUUCGUCGAAAAGCCCGACCUGGACACCGCCCGUUCGAUGCUUCUCACUGAGGAGUACCUGUGGAACAGCGGAAUGUUCGUCCUCCCCACGUCGGCGUGGCUGGAAGAGAUCGAGCGAUUCAGACCUGACAUCGCCGAUGCCUGCCGAAGAGCCCACGCCAAUGGCACGCGUGACGGCCUCUUCUUCAGGCCGAACGCUGAGACGUUCGCGGCAUGUCCCCCCGACACCAUCGACUACGCUGUAAUGGAGAGGAUCGUGGGUUCCGACAGCCAUCGCCGCACGCUGGUUGUUCCCAUCGACGCCGGAUGGUCGGACGUGGGGUCAUGGGCCGCGAUCAUGGACGUCAGUGACAAGGACGAAAACGGCAACGUUGUCCGGGGUGACGUCUAUACGUAUGAGAUGCGGAACUCCAUGAUCUUCGGACAUCACCGGCUGGUUGCAGCGGUUGGCCUCGAAGACGUUAUCAUCGUAGAGACGCCGGACGCGGUACUUGCUGCGGACCGGAACAGGGUUGAGACCAUGGGGCUGGCUACGAGACAUGCGCACGCCGGCGACCGUCGUUUUCCUCAGGUCAAACGGAUCACAGUAAAUCCUGGGCAGGCGCUCUCGCUGCAGAUGCACCACCACCGGUCCGAGCACUGGGUCGUGGUAAGCGGCACCGCGAAGAUUGUCAAGGACGACGGAGAGUCGCUUCUUUUCGAGAACGAGUCAGCCUACGUGAAAGUCGGAGAGACGCACAGGUUGGAGAACCCGGGCACCAUCCCCCUUGAGAUAAUUGAAGUGCAGUCAUGCAGCUAUCUCGGCGAAGACGACAUAGUCCGGUUCGACGACCGGUACAACCGCAAAUGA